AAAUAAUGGAAAUCUUUUAAAUUUUUCGUAGGUGAAAAUUGCAUUGAGUUUUUUGUAGGUCAUAUUUUUGUCGGUAGGGUUGGUUGUAGGCCGAAUAGUUAAGAUUUGAAUGUUUAUAAGGUUUAAAAAAAUAGAAAUUUUGGUGUAAAUUUAGUUUUUUCGUUUUAAUUUUGGAGAUUUGGUCAGGAUUUAUGAUCUCUAGCGUGAAGAACUUACAAGCAAGUGUCAGAAUCCGCCACUGCAGGUGCUGGUGUACAAGAAUAGAAUAUCGCUUUUAUCCACAUUUGAAUAAAAUCAAAUGAAACCCCUGUUUAUACUGUCCCUUGAGAGAUUUUAUUAUUCCUCCUUAAGGAUAAAUAACAUGGUUUAAAUGCUUUAAAGGUCAUUUUCCUUUUUUCCUUAAAAAACUUUUUUUUCGGAUUGUGGACGUCAGCUGUUGUGUAUCACUAUCAUUUGUUGGUGUUCAACUAGCGCCGCCAUGCUUGGUAACAUUUUAGCUUAGGUUAAGUACAUUUAAAAUUUAAUAAUUUAACACGUUAAUAAAAAGUUCUAGUUUAGUAAAUACAUUUAAAAAAACGGAUAUUAAAUUGUGUGAGGGAAGCGUGGGAUGAAUUCGUACAAAGACGCGAACAGAAGGGUGUUGGCGAUACAGGCGAAGAAGAAAAGGCACAAACCCGGGAAGAGGAACAAAAAGACCGAGGACAACAGAUGCACGACGCCUAAGGAGAAGAAUUUCUAUAGCAAGACGGACCCGAGCCCUUCUUCGUCGAACGAGACCGCGGAGGACGAUUACACGCCUUACACGUCCGACGAGGAGGAACAGGAGAGCACCAAGGAUUACUGCAAAGGAGGCUAUCAUCCUGUGAAAAUCGGCGAUCUUUUCCUUAGCAGGUACCACGUGACGAGGAAGCUCGGUUGGGGCCACUUUUCCACCGUGUGGCUCUGUUGGGACCUUGUCGACAAGAGGUUCGUCGCCUUGAAAGUAGUGAAGAGCGCUUCGCACUUCACAGAGACCGCCCUAGACGAGAUCCAACUGCUUAAAGUCGUGAGGGACAGCGACACCAACGACGCCAAAAGGGACAAGGUCGUCCAACUUUUGAAUGACUUUAAAAUUAGUGGAGUCAACGGGACUCAUGUUUGCAUGGUAUUCGAAGUACUCGGUCACAAUCUCUUGAAACUGAUAAUAAAAAGUAAUUAUAGUGGUAUACCGAUUAGGAAUGUCAAGUGUAUUAUAAGGCAGGUGUUGGAAGGUCUCGAUUACCUCCACACGAAAUGCAAGAUUAUACACACGGAUAUAAAACCGGAGAAUGUGCUUUUGUGCGUGAGUGAGUCGUACAUAAGAAAGCUGGCUUGCGAGGCGACCGAGUUGCAUUCGACGGGUUCGAAACUGCCGAUCUCGCUGAGGAGCACGGCGCCGAAGGAGUUCCAGGAGAUCCCUCCCAACUCGAAGAUGUCUAAGAACAAGAAGAAGAAGCUGAAAAGGAAGGCGAAGAGGCAUUCUGAAUUGCUGAAGAAGCAGAUGCAGCAGAUGGAAGAGCUGGAGGAGCAGAAGAAACUCGAAAACCAGAGCGAGACAAGGCAGGAGACGAUGAAUCAAGACGUCCCGGAGAACGCAGACGAGGCGAAUGAAAACAACCAAAAAAUGAUGCUUGAUCUCCUGUACAAAGGCGAUACAGGAGAGCAGGAGAUAAUGGAAGAUAAUGAAGUCGAGCCUGGCAGCGGAGGUGAUGAAGACAGGCUUAGCGGAGAAGACACCACCCAGUCUUCACCUCAAUCGUCAGAGAAGAAAUACUUAGGCACCGACGACACCGAUCCGUCACGUUUUGAAUGCGAAAUGGACGUCAAGAUCGCCGAUCUUGGAAACGCGUGCUGGGUCGACAAGCAUUUCACGGAGGACAUUCAGACGAGGCAAUACCGCUCUUUGGAAGUGCUCAUCGGAGCCGGUUACAACACGUCUGCCGAUAUAUGGAGCACAGCGUGCAUGGCUUUCGAACUCGCCACCGGUGAUUACCUCUUCGAACCGCAUUCAGGCGAGGGAUAUUCAAGGGACGAAGACCAUCUCGCUCACAUAAUCGAACUACUCGGAGAGAUUCCAAAGAGGAUUAUAAAUUCCGGCAAACAGUCGAGACAAUAUUUCAACAAGAAAGGCGAACUGCGACACAUACCGUGGCUCAAACCGUGGAACCUGUACGACGUAUUAACUGACAAGUACAACUGGUCGGACGAAAGCGCAUCGAGCUUCGCCGCCUUCCUCCGACCCAUGCUCGACUUCGACCCCAACAAAAGAGCCACGGCUGCCGAAUGUCUUCAGCACCCUUGGCUAAAGUACUGAACAAACUCAUAAAAACAAAACAAAAAAAACACCACCUAAUUUUAUUUUUUAAUUUGUUUUCAUUCAUUGUUAUUUAAUUUUUUUUUUUACAUACUUAUUACUUUAAAAGAGCAUGCAGCGUUUAAAAACUAAAAACGAAGUGGUGUCUUAAGGAAACUUUAGUCUGAUAUAGGCCUAGUUGGUGAAAUAUUAUUUAGUUGUUAAUGUGAUCUUAGUCUAGGUGAAUCUCAUGUGAUUAAUGACUUUGCCAACUUUUUUAUACAAUAGAAGUAAUGGAUGAGUUCUGAAAGGACGAGCGUUUUUGUGAUGGCAUAAUCAGCCUCACGGAUGAAGUUGAACCGCAGACAACAGGGUAGAAACGUAUUUCUCAUCGCCGACAAGUUUGACAGGGAACAUCACGGCAGGUCAUUUUCUCAUCCGGGGCGUAGCUUUUCUCAGCCCCGAUUAAAAAAUUGACCAAAACUCUUUUCAGGCUGUCUGAUUUAUGAAUGUAGCAUUACAUCAGGGGAAAAAAAGAUGUUAGGAUUCUUCUAAAGAGAGUCGCCUUCAUCCAUGGCUAUAGCAAAGAUUUGAAUGAAAUGUGAGGCUGUAUGGGAUAAAAAAAUCAAAUUGUGGAACGUGUUGCAUAAGACAUCUAUGGUCUUUAAUUCUGGACAACAUCCAUAUUAGGUUGUUCCGACUUCAGCGUUUAUCUCGAAUCUCAUUCCCUGACUGAGAGGUCGAGGUUUUGGUUGAUAAGGCGAAGUUAUGAAAAGGAAAUAGUUAAAACAGUUCUAAAGUUCCACGACAGCCAUGGUUUUACUACCUGCUCGCUACAUUGAACGUUUUCUGUCAAAUCUGUCUACGAGUUUCUUCUAGCCACCUUAUCCAUUAGAUAAUUGUUAAAUUGUAAAGAAAGCUUAAUGGUUUAUUCUUCGAACUAGGCAGCCUUAUAUUUUUUCUUUUUAAAUGACUGAUUUCUUAUUUGUAAAGUUUUCUUUCGACACCACUCGUCACGAAUCGUAUUUAUUUUCUCUCCUACACACCUUUUUUAAGUAUUAUUUAUUCUUUGUUUUUAUACGUUUAAUUCCAAUGUAAAUUAAGAAAAGAUCAAUUUCACCAAAGCUAGUGGCAUGUCUUACCUAUUGCUAACAAUCAUAGCGCCUUUAGUAUAUAGAUUUAAAAAAUAUAUAAAUAAAUGAAUAUUGGAAAGCACUCAAGCACUUAUUUUGAGAUCCAAAUGCUGUCAGAAUAAAUAUCUAAUCUCAACAAAAAUUAUAUUAUUAUAUAAAAAUUGAUAUAAAAUAUAUCAUAAAUUUCCCAGUAUUAGAUGUCGAUAUUUUGUAGGAAACACCCUGUAGGGUUUGAAAAAAAAAUAGUCAAUGCUUUUUUUUUCUAUAUAUAUGUAACCUUGUGUAUGUGUAUAUAUAUCUAAUAUAUAUACAUAUGCCUACAAGUUUACAGGUAAAAUAAUAAUAAUAAAAUUGUUUGCGUUUUUUCCAGUGUUUUGAGAUGGAGGCUAAUAGUGAAAUCUAAUUCAAAAGAAAAAAAAAAAAAUACUGUGAUUGCGU